AUGUCUGGUCGUCUUGGUCCAGAGCCCCGCGUCAACGCGCGCUACCUCUCCGAACACCGCGGGCAGACGGUCCGCCUGGUUGCCAAGGUCGUCAACCUCGUCGGCGACACUGCGACAGUCGAGGCAUCUGACGGCGGCGAGGUCGCUGUGAACCUCUCCCGCGACAUGCACCUUACCGAGGGCGCGUACUUUGAGAUCAUCGGCAGUGUCAAGGACGACCUCACGGUGCGCGCUCUCACGUCCUUUGCCCUCAGCAGCCCAAUCGACAUGAAGGCAGUCAACGCCGUCGUCGAGUUCGGGCACUCAUCUGUCGGUGCCGGCGUCCUCAACACCAGCUAG